UGAUGCGAAAGUUUCUCCUGUUCCUCCCGUGUUGGUGCCUCAAGGUCAAUUAAAGCGCACGCGCUUGUAAGAUAGCGUUGUUCUUCGGGCUAAAGUAUAAAUACAUUGGUUUUCGUUACUGUCGUUCUGAUCGUGUUCUUCUUCUGUGUGGAUAUGCAGCUCGACUUCUGCUACAACAAGAUUUUAAUAUUUCAUCCGACAAUGAGGUUAUUCGCAAUAUUAUCCAGAACUAUAUUGCCCUUCACCUGGGAUGUGCAGUAUAUCUAUAACCAACUAAGAAAUACUAUCAAGUUACCGGGACCCUAGGGAAGAGCACUGGUUAGGUGAUGGGUUAAGUAAAAAUAUUACUGGUUCACUAUCUCUAAAAAUGAAUUUUAGACAUACUACCAAAGUACUGAAUGUCCACCCACCGUUGUUGUUAUCUUCUUGUGAUGGUCGGUCUUGCCUAGCGUGAUGAACCAAUUGGGCUAUACUGGCUGGGAUAUUCGUUCCUCAAUGUCCUACAAUGUCAAGCAGAUAGGUUGAAAAACAGUAAGACUAAAAGCAGCAAACUUAAGGUCCAAAGGUGAAGCAGUACUGCUGACUGUACAGGCGUGAUGGAAGUAAGGCGUUUUCCCCAGACAGCCAGCAUAACAGCGAUGCUGCCUUCCCACAAAGCACACACAUGUACUCCCAUCAGUAAAACUUGGAUGAUGUUCGCGUACUCUCGGAUUAAUGUUGUAAGGUCUAUUCCGUUAAUAAGAAGCUACGUUGGUUCGUGCUACUUAAGACUUUUUACGACUAAGUCAGAUGCAAAUGAAUCAUCAGAAAACUGCGUUGUUUCUGAUUUUCCACUGCUUAGUGAAGCUGUGAAUGCAAAAGACUUUGAAUUAGUAUCGAAAAUAGUUGUGGAACAGGAUCCCUUUGAGGUUAAACGCAUACGGAUCCCUAUAGAAAAUUCAAAGUCCUCUCCUAAUCUUAUUCCUUCACAGUCACACAGGCGAAUGGUUGGAUGCAUCUGUGAACCGGAAGCGGACUCUAUCAAUUGGCUAGAAUUAGAAAAAGGCGAUCCAGUUCAGUGUUAUUGUGGCCACUGGUUUAAAUUAGUCAAUUAUGAAGACUACUUUAAUAUGACUAAUCAAUAAAACUGUUCAUAAAUACGUUCUAAUCUAUUAGUUUAAUUUGCUACCAUAUUCAGUAUAAUAUUCAUUGCCGUCUUUGAAUAAUUGAAAACUGUGUCUUACUAUUCAGUGUAAUGAUAAAUGCCAAAACUGAACUGCGUAAAAAUGAUUCUAAUUUAAGUAGUAUGUACUCCAAAUGUAUUUAUCUUCCUGUUGGUUAUCCUAUUGAGUAACUUGCUUACUAACUUGUCGAAAGUGGAAAAGAUAGCACCAAAUAUAUACAAAUACUGACCAAGAACUUUAACAGAGGAAUCUGAAGCCCAAAAAGUAUGGUCGGUCG